AUGGGUUCGACCGACACGAAUGGUGGUCGAAGCAUCAUCCCCCUCAUCAUCAACAAUGAGUCGAUCAUUACAGACACGGUAUUCAAGGUGCACAACCCUGCAAAUGGUGAGGUGAUCGAACAUUGCGCCAGCGCGUCGAUCGAACAUGCCAAUCGUGCCGCAGCAGCUGCCAAGGCUGCGUUUCCUGCGUGGAGCAGAACGAAACCAUACGAUCGCAGAGACAUUUUGAUCAGAGCCUCGGAUAUUAUGCUGUCGCGAAAGGAGGAGCUGAUCGCAUACCAAAUGGAAGAAACGGGCGCCGGAAGGCUCUUCGUGGAGAAAACCUUCAUGAUGGGUGUGAGCUUUAUCAAGGAUUUCGCGGCCAGGAUUCCUUCGAUUGAAGGAUCUGUGCCCUCUGUGUCGGAAGAUGGAUGCGCAAUGGUUUUCAAAGAACCAUAUGGGGUGAUCCUGGGGAUUGCGCCCUGGAACGCCCCCUACAUCCUUGGUACGCGCUCCGUAGCGCUGCCCCUCGCAGCAGGCAACACGGCUAUUUUGAAGGGCUCCGAAUUGUCGCCAAGGUGCUUCUGGGCGAUUGGUGAUAUCUUCCGGGAGGCCGGUCUUCCCGCAGGAUGCCUCAACGUGCUCUAUCAUCAGACAUCGCACGCGUCGGCUGUCACCACGGCCCUCAUUGCGCACCCUGCCGUACGCAAGAUUAGUUUCACGGGCAGUACGGCUGUUGGCGGAAUCGUCGCUUCCACGGCUGGCAGAUACGUAAAGCCGGUACUCCUCGAACUUGGAGGGAAGGCAUCUGCCAUUGUUUUGGAUGAUGCCAAUCUAGAGAAGGCUGCCACGUGUUGCGCCCUUGGGGCCUUUAUGCAUUCGGGUCAAGUUUGCAUGUCUACCGAGCGUAUUGUUGUAGAGCGAUCUGUCGCGCCACAAUUUCGUCAAUUGCUGAUCGAGGCAUCGGAGAAGAUCUUUGGCCGGCAUGCGGCAGCGCCGGUGCUUGUGGCGUCCGCUGCGGUCCAAAAGAACAGGCGCCUGGUAACAGACGCGCUGGCCAAAGGGGCAGAUGUUGUCUUUGGUGACGCAAACGCUCAUGAAUCGUGCCCCAACAGUAUGCGACCUUUGGUCAUCGGCAACGUCACCAAGGACAUGGAUCUGUAUUCUGCGGAGUCAUUUGGUCCAACUGUCUCCCUGAUCACAGUCGACAACGAAGAUGACGCUAUUGCGCUGGCCAAUGACACUGAGUACGGGCUUUCGUCCGCAGUCUUCACGAACAAUUUGUUCCGAGGACUCAAGGUAGCCAAGCAGAUCGAGUCCGGUGCUGUCCACAUUAACUCCCUGACUAUACAUGACGAGCCCGUGCUACCACACGGAGGAUGGAAGAGCAGCGGAUUCGGCCGCUUCGGGGGAACUUCCGGGUACGACGAGUGGCUGCAAACCAAGACGGUGACAUGGGUGCAGUAG